AUGGAUGCCAAAGUCACAGCAAUGAUCAUGCUCAUUGAAGAAGAUGCAGAUUCCUUUGCAAGAAGGGCAGAAAUGUACUACAAAAAAUGGCCCGAGCUCAUGAAACUGGUUGAGGAGUUCUACCGAGCGUACCGUGCCUUGGCGGAAAGGUAUGAUCACACAACGGGGCAGCUCUGCCAGGCCGAUCGAACCAUGGCAGAAUGUGAACCUCACAGACCUGAAAUGCCACAUCGGUAUGAGCAUUGCUUGGAGAAAAUAUCUAAGCUGGAGUGUGAACUCUCUUGUGCUCAAGAGGAAAUCAGAUGCCUUAACAGUGUGGUUCUGCUCGAGACUACAAAGAAUAAGAGAUAUCAGGCUUUAAUGGAGCAAGUGGAGUCAGUAGGUUUGAACCCAAAAUGUAUUGCAUCAUCCGUGAGAGAUUUGCAGGAUGAGAACACAAAGCUGAGACAGAUUUGCAAGGAGGACAAAGAUGAUAAAGAAGCUCUUUUCAAGAAAUUGGAGAACAUGGAACAACUUUUAGAUAAGAAUGUUAUUUUGGAGAGUUCGUUGUUAGAUUUGAGCAGUGAGUUGAAAGGGUCACAAGCAAAUGUCAAGGCAUUGCAAGAGUCUUGCCAAUCUCUACAUGGUGAAAAAUCUGCCCUUGUUUCUGAGAAAGCAGCCGUUCUGUCUGAGUCACAAAUUAUUACUGACAAUAUGCAGAAGAUCCUGGAGCAAAACACCGUUCUUGAGAAUUCCCUCUUUGGUGCAAAUGUUGAACUUGAAGGUUUGAGGGAAAAAUCAAAGAGCUUAGAAGAACUCUGUUCCAAUACUUUGGUUGUUCAGUUGGACAACGUUGAGCGGAGACUAGAAAACCUGGAAAUGAGAUUUGCAGUAUUGGAACAAAAAUACGCUGGCAUGGAGAAGGAGAAAGAAUCCACGCUAUCUCAAGUGGAAGAACUAAAGGUGUCUGUAGGUGUAGAAAAACAAGAGCGGGCAAGUUUUGCAUUGUCAAGUGGGGCACGAUUGCCUUGUCUGGAAAACCAUAUCCAACUCUUGCAAGAAGAAACUAGGUGGAGGAAGAAAGAAUUCGAAGAACUUGAUAAAGCUAUGAAUGCCCAGUUCGAGAUCUUUGUUUCACAGAAGUUUAUACAAGGCAUGGAACAAAAGAAUUACACUCUAUUGAUGGAGUGUCAGAAACAUGUCGAGGCCUCCAAAUUGACGGAGAAACUGGUUUUGGAGUUAGAGAGUGAAAAUCCUGAGCAGCAGGUGGAAGCAGAACUCUUGUUAGAUGAAAUUGAAAAGCUAAGGAUGGGUAUAUAUCAUCAAGUGUUCAAGGCUCUUGAAAUUGGUCUAGAUAAUGAACUGGACAAUAAGAUUGCAAAUGAGCAAAUAUUUGUGCAUCAUAUUAAAGAGACUAUUGAGGAUAUGAAAUGUUCUCUCUCGAAUUACGAGGAUGAUAAGCAGCAGCUGUUGGUUGAGAACUCUGUUCUUCUUACUCUGGUUGGGCAACUGAGAUUAGAAGGUGUGGAAUUUGGGUCAGAGAGGAAAAUCUUAGAGCAGGAGUUCAAAGCCAUGACUGAGCAGCUUGUGAUGGUGCAAAAUGAGAAGCACAGACUUCUAGAGAUAAACAGACAAUCAGAAGUGAAAAUGGGAGAUCAAUAUGCAAACACGGUUAAGGCUGAAAUGGAGCAGCUAUGCAUGCAGAAAGGAGAUUUGCAGAGGGCUUACCUUAAAUUACAGGGCGAAUAUUCUCAAGUGCUUGCAGAAAACAGGUCUUUGUUGAAAACUCUCUCAGAGCUAAAGGAAGAGAAAUGCAUGGCAGAAGAGGAAAACAAUUUUAUUCUCUUGGAAACAUUGGCUCUUGAUAACCUGUCAGUGAUUUUCAAGAACUUUGGAACUGAAAAAUCUGUGGAACUAAAAUUACUCUGUGAAGAUGUGCACAAUCUUCAUGGGGUCAAUAGUGACCUUAAAAAGGAGGUUGGUGUAUUGGGAGGGGAGUUAGAAAUGAAAGAAACGGAAAAUUUACUUCUCAAAGAUUCAAUGAAGAAGUUGGAGGAGGAGCUGCUUGAGGUCAGAGAUUUCAAUAAUCAAUUGCGGCAUGAAAUCUCAACGGGAAAGAAUUUCUUGUGUCAGAAGGAAAUCAAGCUUUUGGAAGCAGAGGAGAAGCUUAAAGCUACGGAGGAUCUGAAUUCAGAAUUGUGCGGAACUGUGGAAGGACUGAAGAAGCAACAUGAGGAAUCAAUACUCAUGAAGGAAAAUUUAGAAAAGCACAUUUUUGAACUAUCUAAAGAAAAUGCAAGCCAGAACAAAGAAAUCGAAUGCCUUCGUGAAGUUAAUGGAAACUUAGAUUCUGAACUGGGUAUAUUACGGGAAGAUGUUGAAGUACACGGAAUUAGAGAAGAGAACUUGAAUUCGAAGCUGCAAGAGAUAGGCAACGAUUUUGAAAUGUGGGAGGCUGAGGCUGCAACACUCCAGUUCGAUCUUCAAAUCUCCGACAUCCGUGAAGUUUUGUUUGAAAAUAAGUUUAACGAGCUUACUGGAGUAUGUGAAACUCUUGAAAACGAAAAUGCUUCUAAGACAGUUGAGAUAGAACAGAUGAAAGAAAGAGUUAGCUUCAUGGAGACUGAAAUUGGAGGCCUUAAGGAUCAGUUAUUUGCAUAUGCUCCUACCAUAAAUUCUCUGAGAGAUAACAUAGCAUCACUGGAGCACAAUGUCCUCUCUCUGCCGGAGCUUAACGUUGCUGACAAUCAAGAACAAAAGGAUGUGGAAUUGGUUCAUUAUCAUGAGAAAAGAUGUCAAGAACCGAUGGAAGAUCAUAACUCUGCGAUACUGAACAGAAUUUCAGCAUUGCAGAAUUUACAGACUAGGAUUAAAGCAGUUGAAAAGGUUGUAACAGACGAGAAGAAAAAGCUGGUGAUGCAGAAAAAGUUGAAAUCCAACGACUGUGUCAGUCUAAAAAAAGACAAACAAAUGGCAGAGAUGGAGCUUCGAGAUGAGCUUGUUGACAGACUCAAGUUGCAGAAAACAAAACCGGAAAUUUCUGAAGUGAGGAAUGGGAUUCUGAUGAAAGAUAUUCCACUUGAUCACGUUUCAGACGGUUCAUUGUAUGGAAUAAGUAGGAGAAGGAAUCAUGGGGCUGAUGAUCAGAUGCUUGAGUUAUGGGAAGCUGCAGAGGACGGCUGUGGUCUUGAUCGAACACUCAAAGAGUCACACAAGCAAGCAAACAAACCAACAGAGGAUGAUACUCCGUGCCAGGAGUUCGAGCAUGCGGAGCACAAGAAUGAUAAUCACUCUUUGGACUUACAAGUUGAGAAGGAGUUGGGUGUUGAUAGAUUAGAGGAUGUGGAAUUGGUUCAUUAUCGUGAGAAAAGAUGUCAAGAACCGAUGGAAGAUCAUAACUCUGCGAUACUGAACAGAAUUUCAGCAUUGCAGAAUUUGCAAACUAGGAUUAAAGCAGUUGAAAAGGUUGUAAUAGAAGAGAAGAAAAAGCUGGUGAUGCAGAAAAGCUUACACACCAACAUCAAGCUAGACGCUGCUUUGAAAGAGUUCGAAGAGUUGAAAUCCAACGACCGUGUCAGUCUAAAAAAAGACAAACAAAUGGCAGAGAUGGAGCUUCGAGAUGAGCUCGUUGACAGACUCAAGUUGCAGAAAACAAAACUGGAAAUUUCUGAAGUGAGGAAUGGGAUUCUGAUGAAAGAUAUACCACUUCAUCACGUUUCAGACGGUUCAUUGUAUGGAAUAAGCAGGAGAAGGAAUCAUGGGGCUGAUGAUCAGAUGCUUGAGUUAUGGGAAGCUGCAGAGGACGGCUGUGGUCUUGAUCGAACACUCAAAGAGUCACACAAGCAAGCAAACAAACCAACAGAGGAUGAUACUCCGUGCCAGGAGUUUGAGCAUGCAGAGCACAAGAAUGAAAAUCACUCUAUGGACUUACAAGUUGGGAAGGAGUUGGGUGUUGAUAGAUUAGAGGUACCCACAUGUGUUCCUGAGACGCAUCAGGAUCAGAACAAGAAAAAGAUCUUGGAGAGACUCGAUUCAGAUGCUCAGAUGUUGAAGAACCUUAUGAUAACAGUAGAAAACCUGAGAAGGAAAUUUGAGAUGAACAAGGAGAGAAAAAAGGCGAAGAGCAUUGAUUUUGAGACAGUGAAGGAACAGCUACAAGAAGUUGAGGAAACUAUCAUGCAGCUCGUGGAGGUUAACGGUCAACUGUCACAAAAUAUCGAGCAGAGCCCAUUGCAUUUGGAUGGAAAUGCUUCACCAAAGUUGGAAGAGGCUGGGGAUGUCCAAAGAAAGAGAGUCUUGGAACAGGUACGAAAAGGGUCUGAAAAGAUCGGAUGGUUGCAAUUGGAGGUUCCAAAAAUCCGUUACGUCUUGCUGAAACUAUUGGAUGAAAAGAAAAACAAUGAGAAAAGCCGAUUUUCCAGGAGCAAAACAACCACUAUCCUGAGAGACUUCAUUCACAGUGGGAGAAGUAGCCCACGACGGAAAAAGGCUGGUCUUUUCGGGUGUUUCAGACUUCCAACCAAUGGAGACAGUAACAAUAUCAGCUCGUUUAAUUAAAUUAGCUCUGAAUAAUCAGUAAUCAGUCCUUGAAACGUUCCUUUUACUAUUUUAAAAGUGAUCAUUUCUUGAAUUUCUUGGUAGAAACUGUUCCAUCUUUAGU